AUGGCGCCACCGGCCCUAGGCCCGGAGAUCUACGGCCUUGGCUUCCGCUUCAACCCGACGCCGCAGGAGGCGAUCACCUACUACCUGCCCCGCCUCAUCUCCGGCGACCCGGGGGCGCUGCACGAGGUCGUGCGCCCCGUCAUCCACCACGCCGAGGUCUACGCCUGCGACCCCGCCGACCUCGCCCGCCGGUUCCGCCCCAUGCCGAGGACCCACAACCGCUUCUUCUUCACCGUCAUCAAGAAAGGCGUGCGCGCAGCCGGCCCCGGCUCCUGGGCCGGGCAGAGCACCGUGGAGAUCAAGGACAAGCAGGAUGUCCAGAUCGGCGAGCUCAGAAAGUUCCGGUACAAGAAGCGUGGCGUCUUGACGGACUGGCUCAUGGAGGAGUACUCGUCGUGCGGUCUGGACGGGGCCGGCGAUGGCGGCAUGCAGUUUGCGCUCUGCAAGGUGUACGUGUCUCCAAAGGCCGCUCCGAACUCCGACGCGUAUAAGGAGUCUGAUGCUUGGUUCGCAACGCCGCCGCCUGCUGCGCCCGCCGUCAUCACGCAGCCGGUGGCGGCCAAGAGGCCAGCGCCGCCGCAGGACGCCAUGUCACCGUGCCCCAAGAGAAUGCGGGGUCCGGCAGGUGGCAACGUGCCCUUGCCACCACCACAGCCUUCGGCGCUGCCAGCUCCGACCCGGACGCCCCUCGCCGCUGUUCGGAAGAUGCCCUUCGCACCACCACAGCCAUCUGCGCCUCGCCGGGGUUCGACGCCACAACCAUCGCCCGCUUCAGCUCCGCCUCCCGCGCCGCCAGCUCCGACCCGAUCGCACCUCGCCGCUAUUCGGAAGGUGUCGUUCGCUCCACCACAGCCGUGUGCGCCUCGCCGCGGUUUGCCGCCUGCCUCGGUGACACGGCCAUCUCCCGCUCCAAUUCAGGCUCCGGCGCUGCCAGUUCCGAUCCCUCCUGCGGUGGAGGCGCGUCGCUUGCCAAUGCCGGCGCCACCGCGGCCACUUGCGCAGCGCAAGGAGCAGGUGCCGUUGCCAGCUCCCCAGGUGAUACGCGCCUCCUUGCCGAAGCAGAGGAGGAUACUGGAUCCGUUUGAAGCCACCAUGCUGAGAGAUGAAGCAGAGGUGCAAACAGUGGCUGCAGCACCUCAUCUGCCGGAGUCCCCUGCUGCUGCGCCUGCGCUUCAAGACGACGAGGACGACGGCUUGGUCAAGGCCUUGGAGGACGCCAUGUCGACAGCCGAAGCAGAGGAACAAACGGUGUCUGCUGCCCUUCAAGACGAAGACGAAGACGGCUGGGACGAACUUGACAAGGAAAUUGAAGACGCCAUGCGGACAGCGGAAGCAGAUGAAGAAACAGUAACCGCAGCACCGGCUACGCUCCAAGAAGACGACGACGACUUCGCCAAGGUCAUGGAGGAUAUGCUGUCAGCCGAAGCAGAGGAGCCAACGGUGGCUGAGCUAGAAUUCGAUGUCGACGCUUUCUUCAACUUCUCUGAAGAGACGCGGCUGCGAGUAUGCCUGCCUCAAGCUGACCAUGCCAUCAAAGUUUAA